AUGGCGGUGGCGUUGACGAGUCUUUUGGCGCUCGUUGUGGCGGUCCAGGUGGCGGCAGUGCCAGACAUUCCGCAGUGCUGGGCAGAGGUCGACGUGGUGGCGCAAGUAGUGAGUACACCAGUCAGCAAUACGCAGGCUGUUAUUGCAGCUGAUAUGGAUGGUGAUGGCGAUAUCGACCUGGCAUCGGCGGGUGGCAACUGGAUCGCGUGGCACGAGAACACCGACGGAAACGGAACCUUUGCGCCGCCGCAAGUAGUGAGCACGGCAGUCGACGGUGCGCGGGCUCUCAUUGCGACUGACAUUGAUGGAGAUGGCGAUCUGGACCUGGUGUCCGCGUCGUACAACGACAACAAGGUUGCAUGGUAUGAGAACCUGUACGGCAACGCCACCUUUGGCCAGCAGCAAGUGGUGACCACUGCAGCAGGCACUGUGCAGUCUGUUACUGCAGCUGACUUUGAUGGUGAUGGCGAUAUCGACCUGGCGUCGGCAUCGUAUUUGGACGACACCAUUGCGUGGUACGAAAAUACCGACCGAGCCGGGAGCUUCGGGCCGCCACAGGUGUUGAGCGCCUUGACAAACGAUGCGUAUUCAGUGAUCGCGGCUGACAUUGACGGAGAUGGCGAUCCGGACCUGGUCUCGCCGUUGUUCGGUCAAAACAAGAUUGCCUGGUACGAGAACAUCGACGGAGCCGGAAUCUUUGGGCCGCAGCAAGUGGUGAGUACCGCAGCGAAUGGUGUGCGGUCUGUGACUGCGGCUGACAUGGAUGGAGACGGGGAUCUGGACCUGGUCUCGGCGUCGGAGCUUGACGACAAGAUUGCGUGGUACGAGAACACCAAUGGGACCGGGUCCUUUGGACCCCAGCAAGUGGUGAGCACUGUAGCCCGCGCUGCCAGGUCGGUCAUUGCGGCUGACGUGGAUGGUGAUGGUGACAUGGACCUGGCGUGGGCGUCGUCGUUCGCCAACAAGAUUGCGUGGCACGAGAACAAGGACGGAGCCGGAGACUUUGGGUCAGAACAGGUGGUGAGCACUGUAGCGGACGGUGCGGUGUCUGUGUUUGCGGCUGACAUUGAUGGAGACGGGGAUCUGGACCUGGCGUCGACCGUCGGCGGCAAGGUUGCAUGGUACGCAAACGCUGACGGGAACACCACGUGGGGAUCGCAGCGAGUGGUGAGCAGUGCAGCUGGCGGGGCGUACUCUGUUAUUGCGGCUGACAUUGAUGGCGAUGGUGAUUUGGACUUGGCGUCGGCCUCGUACAACGAUGAUAAGAUUGCGUGGUACGAGAACAUCGACAGCGCUGGGGGCUUUGGACCGCAGCAGGUGGUGAGCACUGCAGCGGACGGUGCGGCAGCAGUCAUUGCGGUUGACAUGGACGGAGAUGGCGAUAUGGACCUAGUCUCGGCUUCGUCGAUAGAUCGCACCAUUGCGUGGUACGAGAACACCGACAGGGUCGGGAGUUUUGGGCCAACGCGCGUGAUAAGCGCUAACGCGCACGGUGUGGCGUUGGUCAUUGCGGCCGAUAUUGAUGAUGACGGCGAUGUGGACCUGGCAUGGGCGUCGUCGUUUGCCAGCAAGAUUGCGUGGCACGAGAAUAUGGACGGAGCCGGUGGCUUUGGGCCAGAGCAGGUGGUGAGCACUGCAGCAGCCGGUGUGGUGUCUGUGGUUGCGGCUGAUUUUGACGGCGAUGGUGAUCUGGACCUGGCGUCUCUGUCGUUCUACGACGACAAGCUUGCAUGGUACGAGAACACCGACGGAGCUGGGAGCUUUGGGACGCAGCAGGUGGUGAGAAGUGUAGUGUAUGGAGCGCGGUCCAUGAUCGCGGCUGACAUUGAUGCGGAUGGCGAUGUGGACCUGGUGGUGGCGUCGUCCAGUGACGACGACAUUGCCUGGUACGAGAAUACCGAGGCGGUCGGAGGCUUCGGGACACGGCGAGUGGUGAGCAGUCUCGGGAACGAUGUGUGGUCCAUGUUUGCGGCCGACAUUGAUGGAGACGGCGAUGUGGACCUCGCGUCGGCGUUGUUCUUCGACAACUCGGUUGUGUGGUAUGAGAACACCGACGGGAACGGGACCUUUGGUCCGCAACAACUGGUGACCACGUUGGCAAACGGGCCACGGUCAGUCAUUGCGGCUGACAUCGACGGAGAUGGAGAUAUGGACUUUGCAUCAGCGUCAGAGUAUGACGACGAGAUCGCAUGGUAUCCUCGUCUCACGCGCAACGCGUUCCACUUUCCGGCUCCGCGGGUUGUCACCUACUCCCCUAGCCUUCCCGCCUGCCUCGACGACCCAACGUGUCUCUCCGCCAACAUUCACCGCCUGUCUCGGUGCAUCUCCGACACCCUCCUCUUUCCGCCCGGUACGUACGCAUUUGGCCGUGCUGGCGCGCACCUCAAGCUCGAUCACCCGUGUACUCUUGCAGCUGCUGUGCCAGGUCAUGUUGUCAUCGACGCGACUCUUCCUCCUAGCAUCUCUGCUGGUGGUGAUGGUGGAGUGCUCUUCCAUGUCGUGCCGCCGGCUGCAACCUAUUCUCCGCCUCUCUCGGUACGCCUUGUCAAUCUCACCAUCACCAACAUGGGCACCGGCUUUGACUCGGUCUUGGCAUCCCAAGGCAUGCGUGUUGACGGCGAACAGGCUGUCCUUGAGCUCCACUCGUGUCGCAUCGUGUCGUCGACAGCGACGUCCUCACAAAAGAGCUCUCUCUUUGAUGUCGGCUUCGGCGGCGCGGUCCUUGUCAAGAACGCCGGUACUCUCAUCGUUACCAACUCCACCUUUGAUCGCUGCUUUGCCUCAGUUGCCGGCGGCGCCGUGGCUGUCGAUCGGGAUGGUUCACUCGCGCGCAUCGCCAACACCACCUUCCUCGCCAACACUGCCAAAACCAGCGGCGGUGCUAUCACAGCCACAAACGGCGGCCACAUCGAGCUCGACGGCGUCCACUUUGACGCCAAUCUCGCUAGCAUUGGGAAUGGCGGUGCGGUGGCCCUCGACUCGGGCUCCUCGGCUACCCUCGCCGAUGUCGCUUUCGUGGCCAACACCGCGUCAGCUGGCGGCGCACUGGCUGCUGCAGCAUCAUCAUCGGCUUCGCUCGCCAGAGUCGUCAUCAGCCACAACAUCGCUCGCAACAACGGCGGCGGCGUCCACAUCGACGACACCUCAUCAGCCUCGUUUGACCACUCCGUUUUCGCAGACAACAGCGCCGCCAAACUCGGCGGCGGUCUCGUUGUCCGACCAGGCGCCAACGUCACCCUUACUGCAUCAACACUCACACGCAACACUGCUGCCAGCGGUGGUGGUCUCGCCAUCCUCCUCGAGUCCGCCGAUCAUGGCGCUCUCGUCGACGCCGCCCAGGACUUCGCCUCCGUCUCGGCGUCUCCUUCGCCAGCCGCCACAUCCAUCACCGUGCAUGACGUCGUCCUCGACAGCAACCAAGCCCGCUACGGCGGCGGACUCUUUGCCUGUGGGGCAUCCAUCGUCGUGUCCGGCGCAGCGACGGAGUGGACGAGCAACCGCGCGACAUCCUCUCCAACCCUCGGCUCCUCGGCCGACGCCAUGGUCUGUCUCGCUUCGUCCUCGCAACCUCCGUGGCUGACCCUCGCCACGGGCAAGAUCACGACAGACAACAUCCACUCGCCUCCCACCCGCAUCGAGUGGGUUGCUAUGCCCGGGCCUGUCGAGCUCGGCAAAGACGCCAAGGGCAGCUUCCGGCUCCGCGAUGCCCUCAACCACGUCGUGGCCUACGCCGACUCGCCCGUCUCGCUCAACGCGUCUGCGCCCGGCCUGAUUCUGCAGUCGACGGCGGCCGCCAUCGCGACCGAGUCCGAGUCCAGCCUACUUCCGGCCCAGCCGCUACGGAUCGAGAACAAGCCUGGUGACAUACCGGUUCUGCCCGAGGUGCUCUUUACCCUGGCGAUGGCUACGGUUGAGCCCAGAGCCGACCUCCCUGUGCCGAUCCCAGUCACACCGAUCUCGGCCAUCGUCCCUCUCGUCGCAUGUGCUGUCGGCUCUGGUCGCCGCGACUUUGCGCUAGUCAUUGCCGACGGUGGGCUGGUUGACGUCGCCGAGUGCACGACCUGUGUCUUGGGUGAGUCGUACUCGCCAUCGGUCUCUCUUGACCCAUGCAUCGCUGUCCGCGAGUGCAACGCCUUCUCGCGCCCCAUCGACGCCACCGUCAACAACGUCACCAUCCCGGCGUGCGUUUGUGAGAGAGACUACACCCUGUCUACCUACGACGACCAAGGCUUCCCGAUCUGUGUCUCAUGCCCAUCCGGCGCACUUUGCGCCGAGGGUCUCGGCCUGCCCGUCCCGGCGCCCGGCUUUUACACUGACAACGCCACGUUUAUCCGCUGCAAGCGGCCAGCAGGCUGCAUCGGCGGUUCGCUCACGUCGCAGUGCAAGCCGGGCUACGCCGGAUACAUGUGCAACACCUGCGAGCCCGGCUACUACUCGAACGCCGUCAGCGAGUGUGUUGUCUGUCCGCCAGCCGCCGUCGGCACCCUCAUCGGCACCCUCCUCACCCUCGUCGUCAUCGCCUUGGGCGCCGCCGUCGUCAUCGGCAUCGGCAUCGUCCGCCCCAACGUCGGCGAGGUCAAGACCGCCGAGGAGCUGCGCAACCGCAACCUACCGGGCUCGCUCUCGAUGAUCCUGGUCGUCUUCCAGGUCCUCGGCAUCCUGGCCAACGCCAACUUUGCGUGGUCGGACUCGAGCAAGGCCACCCUCGGCGCGUUCAACGUCUUCAACAUCGACGCCAACCUCUUUGCCUCCGAGUGCACGCUCUCCACCUUCCACGUCAAGUACAUCGUGUCGGUCUUGCUCCCGCUGGCGGUGCUCGCCGCCGUCAUCGCUGGCCUGAUCGCACUCAAGACGGCCGCCAAGGCCGGCAUCUCCAAGUUUGGUCUCGAUCGCCUGCAUGCCACCAAGCUCAAGACGCUCGUCGACGCUGCUCUGUUCACUAUUGCGCCGCUGCUGUACAUCCCGAUGGCCAAGUCGACGCUCGUCCUCUUUGACUGCGCGCGGCUGCCGAACGGCAGGUUGGUGCUCGACAUCGACCCCGGCGUGGCCUGUUUUGAUGGAGCAUGGAGCGGCGUGCUGCCAGUCGGCCUGCUCGGCCUUGCCUCGUACGUCGUCGGCAUCCCGGGCUACUUCCUCUGGUGCCUGAUCAGGCAGCGGCACAAUUUGCUGGCGCCGGAGACCUUUGCGCGUUACGGCGGGCUCUACAAGCUGUACCGAAUCAGCUACUUCUGGGGCGGCGUGGCAGAUCUUGCCAAGCGGCUGGCGAUCGUGGUGGUCGCCAGCUUUGUCAGUGACCACCAGCUCGCGCAGAUCGGGCUGCUGCUCGCCAUCCUGCUCGCGUCCGCUUUCACCAUCAAGUCGCUCCAGCCGUACUACUAUCCGCUGUACAAUGACAUCGACUUUCGGCUGACGGUCCUCCUCAUCGUGGUUCUCAUCCUCGGCACCUUUAGCUACGCAGAGCGAGCAAGCAAGGGCUCGUCGCAGACCACCAUCUUCGUCGGCGUCGUGCUGGCGCUUGUCGCGCUCGCCGGUGUUGCUAUCCACGCCAUCGCCAUCGAUAUGCGGCAGAUCGCGCGCGCCAAGAAGCGUACAUACUCGGCGCUGAACGAUCGCGCGCGGCGGCUAGCAACGACCAUCGAGCGUGAGGUCGCCGACCUUGAUGUCGAGCGUGCAGCCGUGGCCGAGUCUGCCAUCCAAGGCUUCACCUCUCCAUGUGACCGGACACAAGACAAACGGCCCGACGCGAUUGCCCUCGAAGAUCUCGACACGCUGGACUCCAUCACCUCCACCUAUACGGCGAAGGAAUGUACCCAGCGCAUCGCUCCUCUCCUCCGGCCGCAGGUGCCAGUGACCUCGACGAUCAUCGCGCACCUAGUCCGUUACGUCCUUGAUACGGACAACAACCCACCUGUUCCGCUCUCGCCUGCUGACCUCACACUGCUCGAUGUUACCACCAUCACCAAGAGGCUUGCCACUGCCCGACCACCGACGCCCAAGCCACCGCAGGCGUACACUCCGGCCGCAGCUUGGGCCGAUGUCCAGGUAUCGGCCGACCUCCCACCAUGCCCGCCCAUGGACGAGCUGCUGGCACUUGUUGGUCUUGACCACGUCAAGCGCAUGUCGCUCAUCUUUGAGCAGAAUCUCAUCUAUCAGCAGCUGAAGCAGAUAUAG